AUGUCGGCCACGCCAAAAAAGGUUAAGAAGACCGUUUCAUUUUCUCGGAAUAGUCCGUCUCUAAGCGACCGCAAUCCCAGUACAGAACCGGGAUCGCCUGUCGCGGAGUCAGGUUUUGAUUUUGCUGAUGAUGAACCUCAAAUUCACGAGCUGCCAAAGCCCUCUCCCGCUUUCUUGCUCCUUCCGUUCCAUUCUCUGGCUAUCGUUUAUGCUUUAUUUUAUCACUACAACAUUAGCUCCAAAGUCAUCUCAGCAUUGCACUCAUCAACACUCGCAGUUUUAACACUUCAGUUUGGUUUCGGACUAAUAACACUGACCACGAUAAAAAACAAAAAGAGAGCAAAAAAGCACAGAGGUCCAAACGGUGGCGAGCUCAUGUACCUGGUGAUUUCAUCUUUAAUCUCUGGCUUUGCCGCGGUCCCAAUCUUCCUUGUCCUGCUGGUCUUCGGGGCUCCUAUUGGAUCUUUGAGUGAGGAAACAGCUUUUCUGGCUUUGCAUCUGUCAUUCCUGACAGUUUUCCCGCUUCUUCUAGUUUACAAGUUCACCGAUCCGGACUCAGGAGAUACGUGGAUCCGCUUGCUCACGUUUCAGGUGCCAGCAUUCUACAGAAAUCAGAUCUACUUGCAGGCUAUGGGCGCACUCGUGGGUUGCUGGUUUGGUGUGAUUCCUAUUCCGCUUGACUGGGAUAGAGAUUGGCAACAGUGGCCAAUCACUUUGCUCGCGGGUGCCUACGUGGGGUCGUUUGCCGGAAGUUUGAUUGGCUACCUUUAUAGCAUUUUUGAAUAG